AUUGGAGGCAGUAGUAGUCCAUGGUAGCAAUGGACGAGUAUCAGACAGAAGAGGAGACUGCUUUCGUCGUUGAAGAAGUGAGCAAAAUAAUAAAAGAGUCAGUAGAAGCAGCCAUAGGAGGAAAUACAUACCAGCAUAGCAGAGUGAACCAGUGGACCACCAGUGUCAUGGAGCAAUGCCUCAGUCAACUCAGCAAGCUGGGGAAGCCUUUCAAAUAUAUUGUGACCUGUGUCAUCAUGCAGAAAAAUGGAGCAGGUCUGCAAACAGCCAGCACAUGCUUCUGGGACAACUCUACUGAUGGAAGCUGUGCGGUGAGAUGGGAGAACAAGUCUAUGUACUGUAUCGUCAGUGUUUUCGGUCUGGCCAUCUGAAACAGCUACAGUGUACCUGAGAUGUUGAAAUGUAAAGGAUUUUGUGUAUUUUUGUGAACCUGCAUAUUGUAUUUGGUCAUGUUGGCUAUAUUUGAAUAACUUUUUUGCUUUUUUAUGAAUUACAAUUGAUUAAAAUAAUACUUUGCUGUA